AUGGCUGCCGCUACAUCCAACCCGCCGACGUCAAGCAUGUCAAGCCCCAAGGAUAACGCAAAGAAGUCGCUCCCUAGCAAAGUCGAAGUGUCACUGACCGCGCCCAUUGCAGAACCCGUCAAGGUCGAGACUGCCGACAAAGCACAACUUGCGACGACGCAAGAGACCAGCAACUCAGACGCAAAGCCGCCCACUUCCAAUGCGCCUUUGGGCCCGCCGCCGAAACCGAAUACCACUGGCGACACUCCAGACUACUUCAACACGGUGCACAAUACCUUCAGCGUUGAGCCCAAUCCUUUUGAAGCUUCUUUCGGUGGCCAGUCAGGACAGUCAGGACCUGCCGAAACUCCCGGAAAGACCGUCUUGCCCCCCGUUGCCAACAUCACGUCACCGUCACCACUUCCGGGGAUCACCCCUGGCUGGCAAUCGUUGCGCGCAGGACCGCUGAGUCCUGCUAUGCUCACAGGCCCUACGAACCAGACCGAUUAUUUCAGCGAAUCUUUUAGAGGCUUCCCAACGCCUAACGAGUCUUCCUUAAGGACCGGUUUAACGCCUGGUGGAGGCGGGUCUAUGUUCCCAGCGCCUAGUCCUAAUACCCAGGCCAUCUUCAACCUCCAGAGCGCAGGUGUUACACCAGGCACUGCCGAAUUCCAGCAGUCUGCUCUACGUGCCGCUGCUCAAGCCAAUCAAAACAAGCCCAUCACCUCGGGACCCACUUCGCAACCCGAUACCGUCACCGCUGGAAUGGAUCGAGCAAACAACUUUCCUCUGCAACAGCCUCAGCAGCGUCGUGCUCAGAACGACCCCUAUGCCAACCACGACGUUAGUAACGCCGCCAAUGACCUGCUUUCUUUUGCAACACAGAACGGUGGUGCUCGCAACGGCCAACAGCCCUAUUCCAUGCCGCCUCAGCAGCAGGCAAUGCACGCUGGACACAUGCCUGUCCAGCCUGUAAAUCACGAUAACAGCCGACGCAACACAAAGGGCUCAAUAAACAGCAUGACUGGUUCCGCAGACACCGGGGACUUCUCCGACAGUGGACACAGUGAGGAUGCGAAGACCAACACUCGCUCACGCGGUAAGAAGGGCGCUGCCAAUGGAAAGCAGACUGCCGGCACCAAACGAAAGGCAGAGGAACAAAAGGGUAACAGCAGGAAGAAGAGCGUCGCCGCGUCUCUCGGUGACGAAGACGAAGACAUGCACUCUGACGAUGACAUCAAGAACGAAGAAAUGGGCGGCAAGAAGAUGACCGACGAGGAGAAGCGCAAGAACUUCCUCGAACGGAAUAGGGUUGCUGCACUCAAAUGUCGUCAACGCAAGAAGCAGUGGCUUGCGAAUCUGCAGGCCAAGGUGGAACUGUUCAGCACGGAAAAUGAUGCUCUCUCAGCUACCGUCACACAACUGCGCGAGGAGAUCGUCAACCUCAAGACGCUCCUCCUUGCACACAAGGAUUGUCCCGUCUCUCAGGCCCAAGGCUUACAUGGCGCGGCUAUGAACAAUUUCCUCGGCAGCGACAUCAAUCAUCAAAACCCGUAUGGCAUUGCCCAGCUACAGCCUAACGGUGUGCAUAUGGGCAUGCCUAUGCAACCCAACGGUCAGAUGAUGAACCGGUUCGUAUUCCCAUCCCAACGUGGACCAGGUGCAGAGGACCAGGAGAAUGCGUCCUACCCACCCAAAUACUAG